ACAUCAUCAAUCUGAUGUAUUGGCUGAAUGUUCGACACAUGUUAUUGAUCAAAUACAGGAACCUCAACCAAAACAUGUUAAUAUAUACAAGCAUCAGACAACAGAAGAAGAAUUAGCAAUACUAAUACCAUUAGUGAAUACUACUCCAACAGAAGAACAGCUGAACUUAGCUUUGGAAGCUUUAUUAAAAAUUUCAAAACAUUGGACAUGA